CGUACCGCGAGUGGAGCUGGUCGUCGGACGGCUGCUCAGUACGUUGUUCUACCGAUCAAAGUUUAGCAAAAGCGACUGCAAAAAAAAGGUCGAAUAAAUUAAUCUAUGUUUGCGCACAGAAAGCCGGGUAAAUUUCUGCGAACGAUGAAUAAGCAAGACAUUGAAUUUGGUGGUGGCGGCAUGUUGGAGCUUAUCCCAGAUGAAAUUAAUCCUCACUAUAAACAUCAAAAACAUUCAGAAAAGAAUGAUCUAGAGAAAUGGCUUCACCAACAGCUAGACGAAAUUCUCAACGAACCAUCCAUCAACGAUGGUGUACCUAAGCUAGAAAGCUUGGUGAAACAUCCCAAACUAAUCUCUCUCGGUGAACUAAUCGAAGAAAUUCAGCAGUGGGAUAGCGAGACAGGUAUUCCCAAGCGAAUCUCGUCCCAGAUCUGCGCUAUAUUCGAGACUCAACUGAUCAGGAUGCUCGAGAAUAUUUCUCACUAUCGAAAAUAUCUCGAGUGUUGGCUUCCGAAGUUUGAGGCGUUCAAUGAGAGAAUUGGACCGGACCAGGACACUCCUCUGCACUACGCCGUCAAACAGCACAACCGAGAGUUCAUCGACUGGCUGCUGAACCACGAUUCGAUCGAUCCAAACAUCCGCAACGUACAAUCCAAAACACCACUGUUUCUGCUCUGCGAAGAUUUCCGAGCUGGAAUCGAUGUUAGGGACUGCAUUCUUCUCGUGCUGGAUAAGGGGGCAAACUUUAACAUCUACAGUGGAUGCCCAAGUCUGGCGUUUGAGUUUCUGAUGGACGAUCAAUCGGAGGAGAAUUUGAAGUUUCUCGAAGAGUGUACUAGAAGGCACCCCUACGGAGCGAUUGCGAUCGGGAAGACCAAUGAGGAAUUGAAGAAACGGUGCGUCGGAUUCUAUCGAGAACAGCAUGUUAAAGUCAAUGUGACUGUGGAGCUGUUAGAGGUAUUCCUGGGAUUUAAGGAGCAUGAUCGAUUCAUCAAGGAACUUGCGCUGCUGAAAGUGAACGAAGGAAAUGUUAGGAAUCUGAUCAAAGUGUUGCUGCAUACCGCUGUAGAGUUGGGGCUUGAGGAAUGUGUUAGAAAGAUAGUUCAAAUUGGUAAAGCUCAGAUUUUCCAAUUUAACAAUGAUAGCAUGGUGUAUCGCUUUGAGCUUAAGGGACUUCUUAAGAAAGCUUGUAUAAGAGGAAAUGCCAACAUUUUGAAAUUACUGCUGGAUAACAUCAGAGAUUCGUCGCUAGUUAACGAGGAUCCUCUUUUAGUAGACACGCUAAGUAAAGCUCAAGGUGAUAAGCGCGACAGCAUGCUGAUAUGUGCUGAAAUUCUAAUAAAAAGUGGCAAAGUAAGCUACACGCUCAAGGACUCGUUAGGGAACACUGCCCUUCACAUGGCAGCGAAAUACGGAUUCAAAGAAAUUGCCGUGAGACUGCUUCAGCUGAAAAACAACUUCCUAGGAGUUCAUAACAGAGACAACCUGACUCCGCUGGACUAUGCUGGGUGUGAGUUCUGGAAGUACUGCUUCGACAUGUGCAUGAGAAGAGUUCAAUUCGCGUCGAAUCCCAACGAUGACGAAAUUUGGUUCAACUAUAACUGCUUCGUUCCGCACGAUUUUGCAGAUUCGUUUGCGAGCACAUGUUGCUCACUUAGCAAAUGUUGGCCACUUUUCCAGGAAGCCUCCGUCAGUAACGUAAUCGGGACGCCAAAGCAAUCGAUCAUGACCGAAGUGGACCCACUGAAGGUGAUCUCCAAGUCGAAACAACUUCAAAGUCUGUUGCUGCAUCCGUUCAUACAAACGUUCAUACAAAUCAAGUGGAAAGGAAUGAACAAGUGGUGCUACUUGAACUUGAUGGUCACGCUGCUUACUUUUUGUAGCUACAGUUGGUAUUCAUGGAAUGCUUGCAAUGUAAGCCAUUCUUUACUCAUACCAACUUCCCUGACUUUGGUCGGAAUUAGUUACAUGAUCAUUCGAGAGUUGUUACAGAUUGACAUAUUACGCUUCAAAUACGUAACAUCUCUUGAAAACUGGUUGGACAUCCUUACCAUAAUUGGCACAUUUCUAAGCCUUGCAAAAGGAUGCAACCCAAUCCUAUCCUCUCUGAUAGUUAUAGCCUUCGUCCGCCAGCUAACCAUCCUAAUCGGAUCUCUACCCUUCAAAAUCGCCACCUACAUGCACAUGUUCAACACAAUCACGUACAACUUUUUGCUGAGCUUCCUCCUAUUUAUCCCAUGGCUGUCUGCCUUUACGUACUGCUUCUAUCUGUCGCACAGCGUUCGCUCGAAAAACAUAACAUCACCAACGGAAGCAAACAACGACUCCUUCAACACUUUCGGAACAUUCACCGAUGCAGCCCUCAAAACGUUGGUCAUGACCACCGGUGAGUUCGAUGCAUCCAACCUGGAUCUCAACGAUGGCAAGAUGAUCCUGCUAGUGCUGUUCAUCUUCUUCGUGCCGUUUGUCUUCCUGAACUUGAUCAACGGAUUGGCCGUUAGUGACAUCACGGAGAUUCGAAAGGAAGCCGAGCUUAUCGGGAUUCGGAAAAAGGUCAUGAUCCUUUAUCGUAACGGUCGUGGCUGUCGAAACGCGUUUAGUUUUGUGAAACUUUUCUCACCAGGAUCGUUUUUGAGCAAACAUCACUGCGAAAUCAAGGUGAAACCAAAAGAAAUAAGAAAAAUUAUGGUUUUACCGAAGAAUCAAACCAAAACAACCAAGAACCAACAGUACGGUUCAAUUCCAAGCAAUUGGGAAGUGCUACCCAUCUUUCCGAAAUGUUGUCGAUCACAAAAAGCUGUUUCGAAUGGAAUCUUUUUAAACUGCAGGAUUAAAAUACCCUUGUAUUACACAUUGGAUAAACACUUGCUGGAUGAAGUGCUGAAAAUUGUCGAUCUUGGCAAUGCUGAUUCAUAGAAAAGUUGCCAAAUUGCUUACUGCCCCAAGUCUGCAAAUAAAAUCUGAUUUUACUUAUGCUUCCAACCCUAACAGGUAGAGUUUCGUGCUUCCAUAUGAUCAAAUGCUACUUAAUUAAUACUCAUUUUUGCAAUACUCAGUUUAGAAGUAAGAAUAUACAAUAAGACUUAAGUUGUUUAUGAAGAAAAUUUCAGUAUUAUUUGCAUGCUAUUUAA